AUGUGUCCAAUCGGUCGCAAAACACAUCACGGGAAGCCCGAAUACGUUGCCGGUGGCAACACUGCGGCUGCCCCAGGAACAUCUAUUCCCGCUCAGACAGCUGGAGCUCCUGGUCAACCAGCAAUUCGAAAUGACUUGCCUGGCCCGGCGCCGAAUACGGCAGGGCCACACCGACACGACGUUCUGAAUAAGUUGGAUCCAACUGUCGACAGUCAGUCUGGAGGUGCACAGGUUCUUGGGCCCGGCGCCCAGACUACGAGACAGGCAUACGCUCCAGGUCAUGCGCAGGGAAUGGGAAAUACCGUUCCUGGUUCCAAUGCCCACGGGGUUGCUUCACACAAUGCAGCCUACAACGCUCCUCCACCAAAUGUUGCUUCUACUGCCCCAGUAGGAAAUGUACCAGAGGGAACGUAUGGACCGCACUCUUCUCGGAUGGCCAAUACUCUUGAUCCCCGCGUCGAUUCGGACCUGGACAGCACCGGCGCGGCCUACACACAUGGCCGACAGCCAGCCAUGGUCCAGGGCGGUGCUCCUGUAAGCCAUACGCGAGGAGAAAUGUACGGAACACAACAAACGCGACCUGCGAACACGCUUGAUCCGAGGGUAGAUCUGGAUCCGAAUAUCAGAGGUGCUGCAACUGCUGACGGACGAACCCCGAGGGCGGUUCACGUCGGCGGCACGCAGCCUGGGCCUGCGCCAAACACUGCAGGUCCACAUCGAUCGGAUUUCAUGAAUAAGUUGGACCCAAAUGUGGACAGCAAGCGCUAUAUUUGA